AUGAAAGUACUUAGCCGGAUAGACGGGUCCGUAUGCGGUGCCAUUCUCUCGACUCGACCCUGCGCAGCUCGAGCUGCAGUUUCUUCCCGGCCAGAGCUCCGAACCGAGAGACCUUCGAGGGCGCCGGCGUCUCAGCACCAGAGGGACCGCACACGAUGCUCUCGCCCACCGGGUACUCAGUGUCCUCGGACAGCUUCAUGGCUGCUGUCGACCUUUCUGCCGGCGCCCUCUUCUGUUCGCCCUCGUGCCCCGACAAGCUCAAACUCGGCCAUCCGCGGACGAUCUCGAUCAUAUAGCCACGUUGCCGCCUCCGCUGUUACCUCAGCUAGUCGAUCACAUCAUGUAGUCAUGCGGAAGGACAAGAACGUCCUACUUGGCUUCGUGGAGCAUGAGGAUAUUGGAACAGUGGACGAACACCUGGAAUUUGCCCGGGAUCCCUACCUGAACAGAUACGCUCAACCAGAGCCUACUCCGCUCACGAUAUCGGAGAGGAAAGAGGACCAGCAGUACCCUUCAUAUCAUGAAGCACUACGCGGCGAUGAAGACAUAGGACAGUUGGUCACCAAGCUUGGCACUGCUGUAAGCACCAAGAUGAGAUAUCCAGCGAGGGUUGAUCUGGGCACCAUACACAGCCUAUACGCGGCGCUACCGGAACCUCGGAUGAUUCAUAUGCCAGCAAAGCUGCGCCAUCGCUUACUCAAGAUAUUCGGCACCCCGAUCAAGAAAGAGACGCAGACGAUGCUUCGGUACUUCUCCCUCAUCGGUGACGCGAAGGAUUGCGGGAUUGCUCUGCGACAAAGCGAAUGGAACCAUGCCCUGGCCCUAGCAAGCAGAUAUGUCGGCAGAGUCACGGACACCGAAGCCGAGGCUGCUCUCCAGCUGUGGAAGGAGAUGGAAAAGCUGUCUGGUGUGAAGGGGAACGCUGUCACUUUCAACAUCCUAUUUGAUGCGGCGUCCAAGGCUGGAAACUUUGCACUAGCCGAGAUGCUCUACGAGGAGAUGAAGAAGCGCGGAUAUAGCUUCAACCGCUUCCACCACGUCAGCCUGAUUCACUUCUUUGGGCUCCGCGAAGACCCCGACGGCGUCCGGGCUGCAUACAAGGAAUUGGUGGAAGCCGGGGAGAUGGUCGACACCGUGGUCCUCAACUGCGUCAUCUCCAGUUUCCUGAGAUGUGGGGAUGAGGACGCGGCCCUGAAGGUUUACGGGUAUAUGAAGGACAGCUACUCGGCGGCUGCUAAGAUACCCCAGAUGGACCCGUCAAUGGAUAAGGCCGUCAUCCAUAUUCAUUCCAUGUUUGCACGCGUCAGCAAAAAGAUACCAGAGCUCCGCCCACAGCUACAGGAGCUCGCGCAUGAGACUCCUGACAUGCGAACGUACCGCAUCCUGAUUAAGCAUUUCGCUAUCACGAAGGGAAACCUGAGCAAGACUGCCCAGUUUCUAGACGAGAUGCCACAAUUCGACGUGCCGGUUCACGGGAGCAUCUUCCUCGCCAUCUUCGAAGGAUUCAGCAAGUAUGGUGCAUCUCCGUUUUCUCCUUGGACAGGUGACCGGCUUGAAAAUGUCUUGGCCGCGCUAUUUGAGGCGAUUGACAAUAAAGUCCAGGGUCUAAGACUUGAUACCUGGCUCAUGAUUUGGGCGCUUCGGGCCUUCAUGAAAUGUACAAAUAACGAAAAGGUAUUGGAGGUGUACGAAGAUUUCAAGAAGAGGUGGGAACUUGAGCCGGAUAGGGCGGACUUUAUGGAUCACUAUAUUGCCAGACUCAUGGACGGCAAGGAUGCGUUCAUCUUCCGGCAUGGGCCCGGGCAGCAGAAGAAGAAGCACAAGGCGGUCAGGAAACGGCCAAUGUAA